AUGACCAGUCAGUCGUCUGCUCUUCCGCAUUACGAACCUCAUACAAAUUUAUCUAUUAAUAAAAAAUCUGCUAGUGAAUGUCGUAAUUUAUCAGAUAUUAGAUAUGAAAUAGACACCAUUGAUCAUUUCAUUGUAAAAUUACUGCACCAUCGUCUCCAAUAUGCUUUGGAAACAUUAAAAUUCAAGUUAGAUGGUAAACCAAUACCGGACAACAAGCGUAUGAUUCAACAAUUAAAUCAAAGAAAAGAGUGGGCGAAAUCAUAUGGGCUAGAUCCAAAAUAUAUAGAAUCUUUCUUCAAAAGAAUGCUUGAUUGGUAUAUUUCACAGCAAAUUACUUAUUAUAAAAGUCAGAAUCCGGACCAAGCAAAUAUUGAAAUUAAAGUUUGCUCAUUGAAUGAAUUAAAAGCAAUUGAAUUUGGUUUGUCUUGGAUUAAUAUUUCACAAUAUUGUCAACUGCUAAGCUCUGGCUACCGAAAAGCAAGAGAAAUAUCUAAGCCUGUUCUGGUCAGUUUUAUCCAAAAGACAUCCACAUAUUCAGACGACCAUAGCUUAGACAAUGUUCAUCCACUUUAUCUGUUUGAACGAUCCCGGCGUCAUUCUCUAUCGCAUAGCUUUGUCUUUGCUCAACCGUCACAACAAUUUUCCAUGUUGGCAUUCGGAAGCGUUCAACAGUAUGAUGUCAAUCAAACAUAUUUUUCUUUUAACAAGAUGAAUAAGAAAAUUGCCGAUUGUACCUAUGAAGAGUUCUAUUCAGAAGUUAAAAAAAUUGUCGCCGAUGGUUGGAAGCGUUUGUUAGCUGAUGCAAUCAUUGAAAAUUGUGCUCCAGAAGAUUUCCCUGGCUGUGGUCCCACAUUGACUGGUGGUUUAUGUUAUGACCAUCAGAAUAUCUCCCGAUCUGGUAAAUGGUCUAACUUUGAUGAGGCAUCAUUUAUUUUACCACGAGUUCAGUUCACUGAGAAAGGUCUGAAUAGAUAUGCUACAUUCAACACCGUCAUAAUGCAAUGCGAUAAAUCGGAAAAUGAAAUCGAAUUUAUCAAUGCAGAAAUCAUUUCGUUGUUGGAAUUUUGCGGCAAUUUAUUAAACGGCACAGAAGAAUAUUUAGAAAGUGGGGUUCACACUACAUCGUUUAGUGGUGAUAAUGUUACCGAGCUCACUGAAGAAUCAGUGGGACCUUUGGCGAUUCGGAAGCAGACAAUUCACGAUAAGGCUGUGGAGAUCAUCAGUGGUGAUUUUGGCAAAGUAGGUUUAGCACGUGAAGCUAUAAUCGAAACCGAUCAAAAAGGUACUCGUUUUAAUGUUGGUUGGUCAUUAAAGCGCUUUAGCUUACUGCAUCCGUCCUUCUAUCUAUUUGGCUUAUCAAGACAAGGCAGCUGCUUUUUUGGUGUUGCACCCUCACAAUUAGUGCGACUGCAUGAUAAACAAAUCGAAGCAAAAAUAUGGAAAACCGAAUUACUCAACUCUGAUAAACAACGGCAUGAACACAGUUUGGUGAUCGAAAUGUUACGAAGUAAGUUAGAACGAAGCACAGAAGCAAACUCAUUGGUAAUACCAGAUAAUCCGGUGGCAUUGGAAUAUAACAAUAAACAACAUCUUUACACACUUGUGCAAGGCACAAUUAGGAAGGAAAUAACACCGUUUGACUUAGUUGAAACAUUACAUUCAACAUCCGCUGUUGGCAGCUUUCCACAAUCAGAUGUAUUGAAAUUUAUUCCUAAAGAGGAAAAUUUAGACUAUGGAUGGUAUGCUGCACCGAUUGGAUGGAUUGAUGCCAACAACAAUAGCGAAUUUGUUGUAGCUUCAGAAUCAGCGUUGAUAAACGAAGGAUCAAUCUCGUUCUUUGCUGGCUGUGGUUUCGUAGCUGAUUCCGAUUCAGAAGACAGGCCUCACGAAACUCGCUUAAACAUGGAAUCAAUGCUAUUUACGUUGAGCGAAAAGCAAACCUUGUAG